AUGCGUGAGAAACAGCAAUUACCACGUAUUCCCGAAAACAAUGCGGCGGAUGGGCAAAGAUCUGAUGAACCGACGACGGAUUCAGCUCUUGGGGCCGUGUUCCACUCGUCGGUCAUCGACAGCCCGGUCAUCCAGCGUAAAUGUCCCACCGACGACGAUGCGGGCACGCGAGUUGUCGCUGUCACCGUCGCUGUUGCUGUUGCCGCCGCCGCCACUACCAGUCUAACCAUGGUGAGGGACCGCCGUCCGCCCGCGGCUGGCAGCAGCAGUGCCUUUACUUAUUAG